AACAACCAAGAAGGAAACCUUGUGUUUAAGACAAUCCAUCCUGUUUGCUGUAUUUUAUAAGUUAUUGUUGCUAAAUGAUUGGGAACUGUCCAUCACCAGCCAGAGAACUUGAAGUUUAUUUAAGAAAUUGCACGUGGGACAAAAGCAACUGAUGGAGUGUGGUGGCCGCUGUGAAUAGAGGGAGGGAAUGCAAUUAGUUGCCGUGCUGUUGGAGCUUUUUACUUGUCAAACUGGAGCUUCAUUGCUUUUGUUAUUACCAUGUAAAGGGAAAUUGCAGGGUUUUGUUUUGGUAUUAAGGGCCUUAACGGUUGCUGGCUGACACUUUAUUUGCAAAGGCUAGAUAAGUGCGGGAAAAGGAUGGUGGUGAGAAAAUCAAACAGAAGAACUCUUUCUCUUUUUGAGAGAAGUUCUUCCAGACCCUUAGAAUUUUAUAUCCUCUUGUGAAUAUAAUGUAGCCAAUGCACCUGAAGGCUAAUCAAUGCAUAACAGUUGCAGAGAUUUUUGCCGUAUGUUUUGCCUAAAAAGUUUCUUGCUUUUAUAAAAAAUGUAUUCUGGGGUUAAUUUACUACGUACAUAUCAAAAACAUGAGUGACAGGUCUUUAAGGAUUUAACAAGAUUUCAGAAGAUUUAACAAGAUUUCUUUACUGGGAAUAUUUACUAGGAAUUUACUUUCUUGGUAGAAUAUGUUAUGGUUUUGUGUAUUAACUUUAUUUGUGCUGCUUUUGUAUUAAUAACUGAUAUUGCUCUUUUGUGGUAGAAAUUGCUUAACCAUCACAUUGGUCUUUUCUUCUGCACUAGUUAUUUUUAGAUUUGUAGAUUUGUAGUGAAUUCGACGGUAGAAAUUAGAGCGCUGUCUUGGCAACUUUUCUCUCUUAAAUCAAUAAUGAUCAAAAAAAAGUAGCUGACAUGAAUAAUUUGUAAGACACAGAGAAAAUAAGUUAGCAUUGUUCAAGACACUGAGCAAACUGAAGCAAUAGUUCUCUUUACUGUUCAUCCAUGGAAACUUUUAAUAAAAGUUGCUGCAGCAGAAUAUAACUUUUCUAUUGAAAAAAAAUCAUGAAAACAUACUAAGGUGAUUUUGUCUCACAUUUGUACAAAAUAAUCUGAUUUUACCCAAAGGGACAGUUCUUAUACUAGCAAAAAUUAAGACAUGGAACAUUGAUCUGAAAGCAGACGAUCUGCUAAAGACUUUAUUUGUGUCAGAGUGACAAGGAAAUCAACUUAUUCCUCCUGCAGGUCGAUCACUAAAAAUGGUUUGGUGCUAUCUGACAGUUGCUCAUAUAAAGUGAAUUGCUUGCUUCACUUAGGUGCUUAUGUUUUCUUAUGAUUCUCUCUCACUGCCUUGCUUCACAGCUAAAUGUUACCUAUGCUAUCUGAAUUGUUGUAUUGUUGUCAUUGAUUUCCAAGGUAACUUGUUUUUUUUAAAUUAUCCUUAACAGACAAAGAGGUGGGGGUGAGAAAUUGAGUAUUGGAACCUAGAAAUGAUUACUCUGAGUUUUGCUAUCCACAGUCAAACGUUUAGAAAACGGGACACUUCUCUCAGCCAACAUUCGAUGUCAUAAUGGAUGCUGAAUGUUCAGAGAACUCCAGGCCUCAAAACUGGAAAUAUCUUGAUCUUUUAGGACCAUACUUUAAGUGAAAACAUGGGUAAAGGAAAGGGAAGGAAACAGAAAGGGAAAAGCAGACAGGGAAAAUUAUAGAACAAUUUCUAUAAUUGGUUGUGAAGAAACAAAAUCUUUUAGGAUUAAGAGUGGGGAAAACAAAGCUGUAAUGUACCCAAGAGAUGCACUUUUAAUGGGAAUGGAAGAUUUGAAUGAUAAAGGAGGAACACUCGCCUCUGGCUUCUCUCUGUUCCAGCAUUUUGGAUGUUGGCAUCUCAAUUUGAAUUGUUGGUCUAACAAAGUCCCAGUUGUGCAGCACCCACACCAUGUACAUCCUCUUACACCGCUUAUUACAUACAGCAAUGAGCACUUCACGCCAGGGAAUCCUCCUCCACACUUACCAGCCGACGUAGAUCCCAAAACAGGAAUUCCACGGCCUCCCCAUCCUCCAGAUAUAUCUCCUUAUUAUCCGCUAUCGCCGGGCACUGUAGGGCAAAUUCCCCAUCCGCUAGGAUGGUUAGUACCACAGCAAGGUCAGCCAGUCUAUCCAAUCACAACUGGAGGAUUCCGACAUCCCUAUCCCACUGCUUUAACCGUCAAUGCUUCUAUGUCAAGCUUUAUCUCCUCUAGGUUCCCUCCACACAUGGUUCCUCCACAUCAUAGUUUACAUACAACUGGGAUUCCUCAUCCAGCAAUAGUCACCCCAACAGUCAAACAAGAAUCUUCCCAGAAUGAUGUUGGCUCACUCCAUAGCUCAAAACAUCAGGACUCCAAAAAAGAAGAGGAGAAAAAGAAACCACACAUAAAGAAACCUCUUAAUGCAUUUAUGUUGUACAUGAAGGAAAUGAGAGCGAAAGUUGUAGCAGAAUGCACGCUGAAAGAGAGUGCUGCCAUCAAUCAGAUUCUUGGUCGAAGGUGGCAUGCACUAUCUAGAGAAGAACAAGCAAAAUAUUAUGAAUUAGCCAGAAAGGAACGACAACUUCACAUGCAGCUUUACCCCGGCUGGUCCGCACGGGAUAACUAUGUAGGUGGCUAUGGAAAGAAGAAGAAGAGGAAAAGGGACAAGCAGCCAGGAGAAACCAAUGAACACAGCGAAUGUUUCCUAAAUCCUUGCCUUUCACUUCCUCCGAUUACAGACCUGAGCGCUCCUAAGAAAUGCCGAGCGCGCUUUGGCCUUGAUCAACAGAAUAACUGGUGCGGUCCCUGCAGGAGAAAAAAAAAGUGCGUUCGCUACAUACAAGGUGAAGGCAGCUGCGUCAGCCCACCCUCUUCAGAUGGAAGCCUACUAGAUUCUCCUCCAUCUUCUCCUAACAUGGUAGCCUCCCCCACAAGAGACUCAAAACCACAGACUGAACAGACCCAGCCUCUCUCACUUACAUUGAAACCUGAUCCAUUGGCACACCUUUCAAUGAUGCCACCUCAGACAUCCUCCAUAAUCCUGACUGAAAGCUCUACUGGCAAAUCCAAUGGUCUGCCUGCGAGUAAUUGUCAGAAUGGGGCACUGGACCAUCAGUCAGCCACUCUACAGCAAUCAGCACCGGCCUCUUCGUUAACUCAACCAUCAACAUCCUCUUUGCAUUCCCAUAAUUCUUUGGCUGGGACACAACCUCAGCCCCUGUCACUUGUAACUAAGUCUUUAGAAUAGCUUUAGCUUCUGAGUGUUCUUUUUAUUUUCAUUUUUCUGUCAGGAUAUUUUUUUUCCUCUCAUUUGUAUUUUUUUUAAAAAAAUGGUGCCAUAUGGCUGGCUACAUUAGUUAAUGUCAAUCAAGUUCAUUGGUCAAUAUUUGACCCAUUGUUAUUUCAUUUCUUUUUCUUUUUAAAUAUGUAGAUGGAAAAGAAAGCCUCAUGAUUCUGCCAAAAUUUUUAUCAACAGCUGUUUAAAGUCUUUGUAGCGUUUAAAAUAUUAUAUAUAUAUAUAUACAUAUAAAUAUAUAUAUACAUAACUGUUAUGUAGUUCCAAUAGUUUAAUUUCAAAGAACUGAUUUUAAAAAUGAAAAAAAGAAGCAAUUUUGAAGCAGCCUUUGUUGAAGGCGUUGGUUCUUUAUUAUUUGUAUUAAAUACGAGCUUGCGAACCAAUCAUUUUACAUCUGGUUUUUAAAUUUUUUUUAAAGGCACAAUGAAUGCAGUGCCACUAAUUUUUUCCAUUUUUUUUCCUUUGUGCGAUACAACUUUUUCUUGUGACGUUAUUUGUUAUUGUUUAAAUGUACAGAAACAAGGGUUAAAAUGUGUUAAUAUGCAUUGUUCCAUGGUGUUGUCCUUUUGGGGGGAGGGAAUGCUACUCAAUUAAAAAAUAUCACAACGCUAUUGGACCAGUAGUAUUUAUUGCUUUAGAAAUUGCUUGUUGUUACCUGUAUGUUGUCCAUUUUUUAAAUGUUUUCAUUUCUCCCCUUCAGAUGUUUUGUAAAGUUUAUUUCCCUUUUAGUGUACACACCAUAUAUAUAUAUAACAACUCAUUUGUACAAGGUUUUUAAGUUUAUGUAUAAAUGUUAUAUAUAUUUUUGUUUAUUACUUUUUGUUUUAUUUACUUUAAUUCUUUAUUUUGUUUUCUAUCAUGCAGUUGCCACCAAAUGGACAUUUGCAGAUGGAUCAAUAGUAUGUAUGUGUGUGUAUAUAAAGCUUAUAUAUAAGCUUUAAAGCCAUUACAUGAAAUAAGACUUGAAAAAUUAGCCCAGAACUUUUUUGCGAUGCUGUUAGAAAUACAGCAGUGUCUCCUUUUGGAAUACAAAUAAAUUUCCCUGCCAGUUGUAGACUGUGAGCAAAACUUUAUGUGCCAAAAUUCUCAGUGAUUUUUGUCUUUACACAACAACUUUUUUACACUGUAUUUUUUUCUUCAUCCUGUUUUGCUGUGAUGUUACAUAGGUAGAUAUGUAUGUAGUUUUUAAUGUCACCUAUUACAGAUGUGUUUAGUAGCAGAUUGUCCAGAAAGCAUUUAAAAAUGAAGAGGUAUAAACCCUAAAGGGCCAAAUUCUGUAUAAUAGACUGUUCAUAAAAGGAAAAAUCAGACUGCCACUUCUAUGUACACUUAACUACAUACAGGUAGGUAGCAAAGUUUUAAAAAAAAUCCUAGGCAUGUUGAUGUUGCAAAAGAAUUUUUUUAAAGAUAAAAUGCUGUAUAAAGCUGAAAAAAAUGUUCAUCUGUUCAUCCAGUGCCAUUGUAGUUGACAUGAAGCUAUUGUAAAACUGUCUCCAGUUUUCUUCUCUGGUUUAUUAAAGAUGCUAACUAUGACAUAUUUUUUUGGCGGGGGGAGGGGAUCCUUUGAAUGUUUUCUAACAGUUGUGAUGUUACUGUUCUGUUUUAUUGCUCUUAUUCCAAUUUUUCAUUUUAAUGGUUUGGAAGCCAUUUUUGUAAUGAAUAAAUGUCCAUGCUGUACAGUAUCUGUAGCAUGCAGUUCUGGAUUAAUAAAAGCAACUUAGUAUGUGCA